GUUAUUAACUUCGCGCGUGCGUGCCACGCACUUCACGUACUUGUACGUGGAAACAUUGUUGUUUACACAGAACACAUUAUUGCACUUCCCCAACGUGAAGAUGUCCAGAUCGCCCAUCACCUGUCACGUGCUUGACACCUCGCAGGGAAAGCCAGCGGCUGGAAUUGAAGUAAUCUUGCAGAAACACGAAGAGAGACCUGGGGACGCGUCCGUUUUUCGUCCUUUUGCAGCUAGCGAAACGGACGCGGACGGUCGGUGCAGCACCCUUCUGCCUCCUCGAGGAUCUGAAGAUGCCAAGGCAAAGAACAAAGAGGUGACUCCAGGCAUCUACAAGAUUGUGUUCAGGACCAAAUCCUACUUCGAUAAACUGAAUGUCAAAUGUUUCUAUCCUUAUGUCGAGAUCGUUUUCGAGAUCGCGAACGAGGAUGAGCAUUACCAUAUCCCUCUAUUGAUCAGCCCAUAUUCUUACACAACCUACCGCGGUAGUUGAUUUAUAUGAAUGAAAUUAAUACCGAAAC